AUGACAAUAACUCCUCCUCCUUCUGAUACUGAGGUUUCUGCACUUGAAAAAAAAAAUCUGGGGCGUAUCACGCAAAUAAUCGGUCCGGUACUCGAUGUAGUUUUUCCACCAGGGAAGAUGCCUUAUAUUUACAACGCUCUGAUAGUUCAAGGUCGAGAUACGGUUGGCCAACAAAUUAACGUAACGUGUGAAGUACAGCAAUUAUUAGGAAAUAAUAGAAUUAGAGCUGUAGCUAUGAGUGCUACAGAUGGUCUAAAUAGAGGAAUGGAAGUGAUUGACACGGGAGUUGCUCUAAGUGUUCCAGUCGGUGGAGCAACCCUAGGUCGAAUUUUCAACGUGCUUGGAGAGCCUAUUGAUAAUUUGGGUCCUGUAGAUACUCGCACAACAUCUCCUAUUCAUAGAUCUGCGCCUGCCUUUAUACAGUUAGAUACACAAUUAUCCAUUUUUGAAACAGGAAUUAAAGUAGUCGAUCUUUUAGCUCCUUAUCGCCGUGGCGGAAAAAUAGGACUUUUCGGUGGAGCUGGGGUAGGUAAAACAGUUCUCAUUAUGGAAUUGAUCAAUAACAUUGCCAAAGCUCAUGGAGGUGUAUCCGUAUUUGGCGGAGUAGGUGAGCGUACUCGUGAGGGAAAUGAUCUUUAUAUGGAAAUGAAAGAAUCCGGAGUAAUUAAUGAAAAAAAUAUUGCGGAAUCAAAAGUAGCUCUAGUCUACGGUCAAAUGAAUGAACCGCCCGGAGCUCGUAUGAGAGUUGGUUUAACUGCCCUAACUAUGGCAGAAUAUUUCCGAGAUGUCAAUGAGCAGGACGUCCUUCUAUUUAUCGACAAUAUCUUCCGUUUUGUCCAAGCCGGAUCCGAAGUAUCCGCCUUAUUGGGCCGAAUGCCUUCCGCUGUGGGUUAUCAACCCACCCUGGGUACUGAAAUGGGUACUUUACAAGAAAGAAUUACUUCUACCAAAGAAGGGUCUAUAACUUCUAUUCAAGCAGUUUAUGUACCUGCAGACGAUUUGACUGAUCCUGCUCCUGCCACGACAUUUGCACAUUUGGAUGCAACUACUGUACUAUCAAGAGGAUUAGCUGCCAAAGGUAUCUAUCCAGCAGUAGAUCCUUUAGAUUCAACGUCAACCAUGCUCCAACCUCGCAUCGUCGGUGAAGAACAUUAUGAAACUGCGCAAAGAGUGAAACAAACGUUACAACGUUACAAAGAACUUCAGGACAUUAUAGCUAUUCUUGGGUUGGACGAAUUAUCCGAAGAGGAUCGCUUAACCGUAGCAAGAGCACGAAAAAUUGAACGUUUCUUAUCACAACCUUUUUUCGUAGCAGAAGUAUUUACCGGUUCCCCAGGGAAAUAUGUUGGUCUAGCAGAAACAAUUCGAGGAUUUAAAUUGAUUCUUUCUGGAGAAUUAGAUAGUCUUCCUGAACAAGCCUUUUAUUUGGUGGGUAAUAUCGAUGAAGCUACUGCGAAGGCUACGAACUUAACUUAG